AUGGGUCCCUCCAGCGAUGAUGUAGCCGCGUCCAAACCCAUCCCACCGGAGUUGACGGCUUCUCCUGAACACACAUUACAAGGCUCGCCGGAACGUCCCUUUCAUUCAGGCCUACUGAAGGAAUGUCUUGGUUUAACCCUGGAAUUUUUAUCAACCUCGAGCAACGAAAGGCUCCUCGGUGUAUUCGGGAUACUUGUCAUCGGAACCUAUAUCAUCUUGGGACGACUUGGGCUUUUGUUGAUCGGUGCAGCGCUCGGAGCUAUUUUACAUGCAUCAUGGGAAGGCCCAGCUCAUUGCAACAACGGUAUACUAUCAACGCCGAAGAAGCGGCACGAACUGGCCCUGGAGGUUUCCCAAAGACUACUAGACUGGUCCCUCCGCACGGUUACUGCUACUGGUGAUGAGGGUACCGAUAGCAAUAUUGUCGCGGCGCCAGAAGAUCUGUCCACCUCAGACCUUGAAUAUGGAGCUUUCCGACCAGCAACUGCUGCCUCGUUAAGAGUGCUCACUGAUGCUGUCGUGAAGGACUACGUGAAAUACUGGUAUGAGCCAAUUCUCCCAGGAGAAGCAGUGUUCCCCGGAUCCUGUCGACGAACCUUGACCCAUUUCGUGACGACCAUUUCGUCCCACUUGUCCCGUAAACGAACCGAAGAUACGUUCCUACAAUUCCUCACAAAUUCAUCCUCGAUAAUAAUUGUUUUCCUGAACGAACUUUCCGCUGCAUUCUCGGCGGCUGGGUCCUCGCCAAAGGACGCCCAGAAGAUCGUAGAGCAAUAUCUGGAGAAUGCUCCGGACAGCAGCCUGGCCAACGUGUUGUCCAAGGAACAACAGCGAAAAAAGCUCAACAUGAUAGCGGACGACAUUCUGUCGAACUACCUUGACCCUAAAGCAUACAGGUGCUCUCCCGUCAGAGAUUUUCUUCGGGAGGUUUUCGCCAGAGUUGUAUUGGAGUCAACGGUUAUCAGUCUUUCUCGUCCGGAAUUUAUAAAUGAUUGGAUCAUCUACCUGCUUCAGGAUGGUGAAUCUGAAAUCAUGCAUGCAAUCGAUGCUGGCGUCGCGGGUGCACGGAACCAGAGUGUGGAUUCCUCCAGGAUCUCAGAAGACGCGAAGGGUGCACUCUCCGAGCCAUCUAAAAACAAAGCUCUGUCCCAGGCUGAAAGUCUACCAGAUCAGGUAGAUAUGGCAACAGAGAAAGCCAUGCAAGAGGCUAAACGUUUGAGCGCCAUGAUUGCUUCACAGGAUAUGCAGGGCACUACUUCAAAACCCCUGGUUCAAAGCGACCAUGACGAAGGUACACCACUGUUCAGUGUGAAUGAUCCUGUCAGCUCGUUGCCACAUUCCGCAAUUAACAACCAUGGGAAUGGUGGUCAAGUAGACCCAAUUUCUCCACCCCGAGAGGAAGCUCCAGCCCCGCCUGUGAAUCUCCAUGGAGCUCAGGUAAUGGUAGACGAUGAUGCGGCCGAGAGAGAGAAGGGAGUCAUUAAAUCGAGGCCAACAUGGGAUUACUUGGUUCAGGUUGAGCCAACUUCCACUCGCUCGACCGGAUGGAUGGUGUUCCGGAAAUACAGUGACUUCCAGUCUUUGCAUGAAAUGCUGGAGACUGUGGCUCGAUUGAACGGAAUACAGGGCUUUUCCGAGCAGUUUUCUACUCUACCCACUUGGAAAGGUAAGACUAGGCACGUCCUGUCUCGGGAUUUGGAGCGAUAUCUGCAGGAAGCUACGAAACAUGAGUCUCUCACCGAAACCGAACGAAUGCGCCGAUUUCUGGAGAAGGAAAGUGGCACCAACGAAAAAGGAGUGACCAAAGCUGGAUACUCCUUCCCAAGUCAAUCUACGUUCGAAAAUAUGGGUAAGGGUGUAUUGGGGGUGUUAACCAACGCUCCGAAAGGGGUGGCUGGGAGUGGUAAAGCAGUUCUUGAUGGUGUGACAGGAGUCUUUGGGGUGACUGGCCAUAGCAGAAAGCCAACCAACACUUCUGACCGACAACCUCUACCCCACAAAAAUGCCACUGGGGCUGAUCAUGGACCUACCGUUCCCGCGGAUGCUGCAAAUGACCACUCUGCCUUGAGAACCAGUGACGUAGAAGAAGCUCCCUCACUGAUGGCCUCGCCAGAACCCUCGUCGGCAUUUGUUGAAGAGGAGAGUCUUCGGUUGUCUUCCAGUGACUCCCACCAUGAUUUCAGCUCCGCUACAGGUGGACAGGACGCGUGGGCCGUGGAGUCGACGCUUGCACCUUCCGAGUCAAGUAGUCACGUCGAGGGGUCGCAGAGUAAAGAGGUCCCUGUUCCGAUUCCAUCACCGCUCCCCAAUGACAUGAGGACGAGCAGUGAAUCAGAACACAUCUCGCAAAGGACAUGUCGACAGCAAAAGCCUAUCACCGAAGAUGAGACUCAGAUUGCAGUAGAGCUGAUCUUUGCGGUUAUCAAUGAGCUGUACACUCUGUCCUCAGCAUGGAAUAUUCGACGCACCCUGUUAAACGCGGCCAAGUCUUAUAUCCUACGGCCAGGUAGCCCAACCCUUGAAACGAUUCGUACCCUGUUGCAGGAUUCCAUGAUUGAAAGCCACACAUCUGAUGAUGCGAUUGGCGAGUACUUGAAGAAACUUCGUGAGAAUGCUCUCCCGACAGAAGAAGAAUUCAAAGCCUGGCCCCCACCACCCACCGAGGAAGAGAAAGAGCAAGUCCGGGAAAAAGCUCGUCGGCUAUUUGUCCAGCGAGGAAUCCCACAGGCACUCACUAGUGUCAUGGGUGCUGCUGCUAGCCGAGAAGCCCUGGAGAAGAUCUUUGACAGUCUUCAGGUUGAAAGUGUGGCGCAGGGGUUUGUCUUCUCGGUUCUUUUGCAAGGCUUACGUGUUUUGACGCUGUGA